CACACACACACACACACACACACACACACACCGCAGAUCAAAUCAGAUGUAGUAGUUCCAUCUGAGAGGCAGCUGAUGAAGCCAGCGGGUAGCCUGCUCGGUCGGUCCUCGACGUCCCUGGCACUUUCCCGGCACGCUGUCUUGGAUUUUAUUUAUUUAUUCCCUGGAUGAUUUUUUUGUGGACUCGAGCUCAUGCUGCUUACUUCUUCCCACACAAUUCAGCUGAAUAGAUGUACCAGGCAUGCGCGGGACACAGAAACAACUGUUGUUAUAGCAGUGCAGAACUACCCUGAGGAUGUCCUAUCCUUCCAUUGUCCAGUCUCCGCAUCAGCCUGUGGCCUUAACCCUACCCAAUCCCCCCAGUCAAGACGACGAUGACUUCCCCAGUCCUCCCAGUCCCAGUCAAGGUGACGCAUUUCCCAAUCCCCCCUGUGAAGACCACGAAUUUCCCAACCCCCCUAGCCUAGACAACGAUUUUCCCAAUCCCCCUUGUCAAGAAGAGGACUUCCCCAAUCCGGCCGCUCAGGAAGGGGAGAAGCCGGAGCCUGGUCUCCACUUCCGCUCGGCUCCCGGUGCGGGCCUGGUGCUGGCCGGCUUCCUGGUGCUGGUGGGGGUGGGUGUGGCCACCGCUGGCUACUGGCCUUCGCGUGCUCUGCCGCGCCAGUCUCCGACGAGGCCCCGCGAGAGGCUGAAGCUGAUCGGGCCAAUCAUCUUGGCCGUGGGCCUCUUCAUCCUCAUCUGCUCCAGCACCUUGCUGUACGAAAAUCGCGAUCGCCUGUGGGCAGAGGAGAAUGGAGGCAAGAAGAAGCGCAAAAAGAAGAAAAGACGGCAACGCAAAAGCAAGCCUCCUCCUCCUCCUCCUACUACUAAUGACUAUGAGGAGUGUCCUGUGGAAGAGGUGAUGACCGUAUGUCUUCCUCCACCGAGUCUGGCCACACACACCCUCACCGAUUCAGAGCUUAACAUCCACUGUGUGAUCACUGUGACUGACAUGUGUGGCACAUCACUGGAUGCCAAACAGCAGGACAGUGGACUGGGCCCCUUGUCACCCUUUCAGCCCUCCCAUUACAAGGUGGAUGCCAAACAGGACUCGAGUUUGGGUCCCUCGGCAUCAUUUCAGCCGUCCCAUUGCAAGCUGGAUGCCAAACAACAGGAUGGUGGACUGGGCCCCUUGCCACCAUUUCAGCCAUCCCACUGCAAGCCCAGUGGUGUGGAGAAGCCCCUCCCACUGCUGACACCUCCAAUCAUAAAGCUGAACAACUGUGUGAUUGACCCCUACCCCCUUGAGCCCCCGCCCCUGCCUCAGCGCACCUAUAAACUCAAGAGGAGCGGCUCCAGCUUUGAGAGCCGAUAAGUGUGUGUGUGUGCGUGUGUGUGUGUGUGUGUGUGUGU